UUGUUCAAAAAUAUCAACCAAAAACUCUGAGAAGUGAACUUCACGUUUCUAUAUAGGAUUUUUGUUUUCCAUUCUCUCGCAAUGGAAUGUCUAAAUGACGGGUGUCCCAAGACCCACGAGGAGGACAUCAUGGACAUCCCCUUGGAUGACCCCGAGGCCAACAAGGCUGCUGCCAAGAUCCAGGCCAGCUUCCGUGGUCACAUGACUCGCAAGAAAAUGAAGGAAGACAAACCCAGGGAGGAGAAGCGACAGGAGCAGAAGUAGAGGAGAGAGAGAGGUUCCUGUACUGUGAGGUCGCGGAUCCUGGCAGAAACACGCACGCUACUGCAAUAUCAAGACCUGUUAUCAUGAAGAGAAAAAAUGUCACCGUACCACACAAAUAGAACUAACUAGAUGUAGGUUUGGUGUACCUGAUCAGUGAACUCUCUCCUUCUCACUAACACACACACACACACACACACACUCCCCUUCCUCCACUAGUAUCAGGGUAAAUGUCUGUGACCCAAAAUAAUAUUUCACGCCAUGAUUUUUUAAAAUGUAAACAUAGCAAGUGCACUCAAGUGAAAAGUAUGUUUGAUGGAUUUGAAGGGUGAAGUGGGACUUGGC